AUCAUAUCUCUGUGGUAUAUAAAUGGAGAUAUGCAGUCGCUACCUCCACAAUACAACUUCAGACUGGACGGCGUGAAUUUAAACACAUUGACAGGCCAAAACUGGAAAUGAUGAAGAUUCUCCUGGUCAUUGCAUUGGUGGUGUGCACAGGUUGCCAAGCCAACCUAUUCUAUGCAGAUGAGCCUAAGCCCCCGCUGGAGCAGUUGACUGAUGCAUUCAGGAGCUAUUUUGAACAAGCCAGGACUAGGACUUCUCAAAUGGAACAAGAAAUCAACCAGUACACCACAAACCUGAGGGAAAAGAUGGAUCCUCUGGCUAAAGAUCUGAUGACAAAAAUCACAGAAGGUGCUGAUGUACUGAAGGAACGUAUAGAGAUGGAAGUGAGUGCUGCGAGAUGUGCGCUGAAGCCCUAUAUUGAAUAUGUCACCAGUCCAUUUGAGAAGGGUGCGGAUUACAUAAGAGAAUCCCUGGAUUUAAAAGAUUUGAAGGCCACUGUGCUCCAGAAGGGCGAGGAGCUGAGAGAGAGACUGGAGCAGGGCGUGAAGGAGCUGCAGGCUAAGCUGGACCCCUCUACCUAAGGGAACCAUUUAUUUGAUUUGAUUUCUAUGAUAUAACAAUUUGAUUACAGAAUCAAAUAUUUCACACAACACAGAGCACUCAAACAGGCUAAAAUGUAGAGAUUUCCUCUUUGGUAAAAGAAAUAAAAAAAGAACCUAUGUUUUGUCAAUGACAGCUAGAAUAUAUGCAUAAAACAUCUUAAUAUAGCAUUUGUAUUUAUUUCUGAUGCAUCAUUGAUUGUUGCAUUGACUAUGCUUUCAUUUUCCACAUAAAUUGAGUUGUAAAAAAAAGUUUUACUUGUUUUAGAGUGCAAUAUAUGUUUUUAAAAGAGAUUUUCAUUUUUCCUUAUGCAACCAUGUUUAAACACAAUGUUUUAACACAAUGUUUUUGCUAAACUGUAGAAGAGCUAUAUAUUCAAAUUUGAUAGUCCAAUAAAUUCUGUAGAAAAACA